AUGAUGUCUACUCUUCGUAUCGCCGGCCGUCAGGCUACCCAGCGCACGACCCUUGCUGUCGCUGCUGGUCGCGCUGCCGCCUCGACCUGGGCCAACGUCCCUCAGGGCCCUCCUGCAAUUCUCGGUAUCACUGAAGCUUUCAAAGCCGACAGCUUCGACAAGAAGAUCAACCUCGGUGUCGGCGCUUACCGCGAUGACAAGGGAAAACCCUACGUCCUACCCUCUGUCCGCGCGGCCGAGCAAAAGGUCAUUGACGAGAAGCUGAACAAGGAGUACGCCGGCAUCACCGGUGUCCCCGAGCUCCCUCCCCUGGCCGCCAAGCUUGCCUACGGCGAGAACUCAUCCGCCCUCGACCGCCUGGCCAUCACCCAGUCCAUCUCAGGCACCGGUGCCCUGCGCAUCGGCGCCGACUUCCUCGCCCGCUUCUACCCCGGCGAGAAGAAGAUCUACAUCCCCCAGCCGUCGUGGGCCAACCAUAAGGCCGUCUUCACCGACGCUGGCCUCAAGGUCGAGCAGUACCGCUACUACAACAAGGAUACCAUCGGUCUCGACUUUGAGGGCAUGGUUGCCGAUAUCAAGGCCGCCCCCAAUGGCAGCGUCUUCCUCUUCCACGCCUGCGCCCACAACCCCACCGGCGUCGACCCCACGCAGGAGCAGUGGAAGCAGCUCUCUCAGAUCACCAAGGACCACGGCCAUUUUGCCUUCUUCGACAUGGCCUACCAGGGCUUCGCCAGCGGUAACAUUGACCAGGACGCCUUUGCCGUCCGCUACUUUGUCGAGCAGGGCCACAACGUCGCCCUCUGCCAGUCGUUUGCCAAGAACAUGGGUCUCUAUGGUGAGCGUGUCGGUGCUUUCUCCAUUGUCUGCGAAGACGCCGCCGAGAAGAAGCGCGUCGACUCGCAGCUCAAGAUCAUCAUCCGUCCCAUCUACUCCAACCCCCCCAUCCACGGCGCCCGCAUCGCCUCCACAAUCCUCGGCGACCCCAAGCUGCGCGAGCAGUGGCUCGCCGAGCUCAAGGGCAUGGCCGACCGCAUCAUCUCCAUGCGCGCUCUGCUCAAGGAUAACCUUGAGAAGCUCGGCUCCAAGCACGACUGGUCGCACAUCACCUCCCAGAUUGGCAUGUUCGCUUACACCGGCCUCACUGCCGAUGAGAUGACCAAGCUCGCCCAGGAGUUCUCCGUCUACGCUACCAAGGAUGGCCGCAUCUCCGUCGCCGGCAUCACCAGCGACAACGUCGGCCGCCUUGCCGAGGCCAUCUUCAAGGUCAAGGGUUAA